AUGAAUGUGGCCGAUCCAGUAGACGAUGGCGAUGCCAUAAAUAGAGGAUACUUCAUGUAUUACAUGCAGAUUGCGAAAGUACCUGUAGACGGUCUUCGCAAUUACGUGGAGGCACUAGAGGAAGAGUUGAAGGCGGUCAAAGCAACCCUACAUAAACUAAUAGAGGAUGCAUACAAAAAAGCUGCCAUAGCCGAAAGAAUAAUUAGGACGAUCAAAAAUUAUUUAUACCGACAGUUUAGUCUACGUGGAAAAUAUGUAUGGAUUGAUGCAAUUGAAUCAAUCACGAGCGAGUAUAAUAAUCGUAAAAAUCGAACAACGGGGAUGAAGCCGAUCGAAGUAAAGGCCGAUACACAGCUGAAGGCCUACAGACACAUCAAGCUCUUUAACAAGAAACAUCGUUUUAAUGUUGGCGAUGUAGUUCGAAUUAGUAAGCACAAGAGUGUGUUCGCCAAGGGAUAUACUCCGAACUGGUCCAGUGAACUGUUUAAAAUUGCAAAAGUCCAAAUAACCAAUCCCGUGACGUACUUGUUGGAAGACAUGAAAGGAAAACCGAUACUGGGAGGAUUUUAUGAGCAGGAACUGCAAAAAGCUAAGUAUUCCGAUAUCUAUUUGGUGGAGAAGGUGCUGCGACGUAAGAAAGAUAAAGUGUACGUCAAGUGGUGGGGACUGGACGAAAAAUCUUGGAUAGAAAAUGAUAAUAUCGUAUUGUAA